ACACCUUCCUGUGUUCCUGAGGGGUUGCUGAGCAACAUUGUUUGAUGAGCUUAAGGCAUGAAACGUGUAACAGGGGCUUAUUAAAUUUCCAUGGGUUGAGACACUGCAUCCACCCUAUGAUUUGUUAAGGUAAUUAGAAUAGCUGAGACAAGGCAGAGCGCACUUUGCUCGCAUACUCAGGACCAGGAGGACAGCUGCAAAACGAUAAAGCUGAUUUUCCAUGGUGAGUCCUAUAACUGAUUUGCAUUUUUUUCUUUUUCAAACAUUUACUGUACAUCAUUUAAUGAUGCAGAAGGCUUUAAGCUGAGAAAUAUUAUUUUUAAUUAUAUUGUGGAUGCCAUCUUCUCGCUACCUAUAUGUAUAACUCUUUGCUAUGCAAAAUAUCUACCAUAACCACAUUUAUUGUAUUCUUCUCCAAGUAUCCAAGCUAAUUAGUUCUGUUUUUUUGUUUUGUUUUUUUUUGGCAGAAAUUCACAGAUGCUUUGUGAAAACUGUACUCAACACCAUGUUGGUUAGCCAGCUGCUCUUGCCUGUGUACAUCCUUACCUUCCUGAUUGGGCUUCCUGCCAACAUCCUUGCAUUCUGUACCUUCUGCCGCAAGGUCCACCGCAAACCUGCCCCCAUUGACAUCCUCCUACUGAACCUCACAAUCUCUGACCUCAUCUUCCUCACCUUCUUGCCCUUCAAGAUGAAGGAGGCUAUUGAUGACAUGAUUUGGAAGCUGCCAGACUACCUGUGUCCCCUCAGCAGCUUUAUGUUCUUCUCUACUAUUUACACCAGUACAUUUUUUCUGACAGGAGUUAGCAUUGAACGCUACUUGGGCGUUGCUUUUCCAAUCCAAUACUCAGUUUACCGUCGGCCACGCUACGCCGUGAUUGCCAGCCUGUUCUUCUGGCUUGUUGGCACUCUGAACCUCAGCAUUGUCUACAUUGUGCCAUUUUUGCAUUCAAAUAACAGCAGUGAUUGUCACAGUCCAAACUGCAGUAUCACACAACCCUCAGAAAUGAAAUGCUACAACAACUUUACCCAAGAGCAACUCAGUAUUCUGCUACCGGUACGUCUGGAGCUCUUUGUAGUGCUCUUUUGCAUUCCCUUCCUUAUCUGUGGCUUCUGUUACAUCAAUUUCAUUCGAAUUCUCUCCCAGUUGCCACACAUCAGUCGGCGCCGCAGGCUGAGGGCUAUCGGACUGGCCCUUGGAACUCUGGUGGUGUUUGGCAUUUGUUUCGGACCAUAUAAUGCCUCACACGUGGUUGGGUUCGUCCGGGAAGAGAGUGAGGAUUGGCGAGAACUGGCUUUGAUCUCCAGUACUUUAAAUGCCUGCCUAGACCCCAUUAUCUUCUACUUCUCAUCCGCAGCAGUACGGAGUGCAAUCACUGGCUUUGUGAAAGGAAUGAAAGAGAAAGAUCAUGUACUGAAGUGUGGGAAGACUCAGUGUUGCCCUAUGCUGGUCUCUGAGACUGAGAAAUAUAGAGACACACCUCCACCUGACAACCAGAAACAUUCCUUAGGACAAGUGGAAUUAGAAGGUGUUCUAUAGCUACAAAAGCAGUCAUUGCUUUUUUAACUGCAUGACCCCUUACUAUUGUACUAUUUAAUGCAUGAUGUUAAUAAGGAUUAAUGUAAGGAGAAGUUCCAAAAAUAUGCACCUAUUCAGGGGCUUCCUGACCCUCCACUGCCUUAUCAUUAUUUUGUUUACAAAUGACUGCUAACUGAAAACCGGCUAGUUUUCAGUCAUGGUUUGUUCUUCAACAUUGUUGUUUAACAUUUGUUCCGAUGGGGUUUCCCUACACAAAGGCUGAUGAACUCCAUUUGAUAGCAGGAGCUGUUGAAUCAA